CCUUCGUAUCCUUACGUAAUGACGUAAGACGCCCAAAGAACAAACCGACGCAUGAUCUAAGAGAAAGAGGCGCCGGCGAACAAGAGGACAUGGCUGUGAACGUAUAUUCCACCUCAGUGACUAGCGACAAUCUGAGUCGCCAUGACAUGCUCGCAUGGAUCAAUGAGUCUCUACAGAUGAACUUCACCAAGAUCGAGCUUUUAUGUUCAGGCGCAGCUUACUGCCAGUUCAUGGACAUGCUGUUCCCAGGCUGCAUACCUUUGAAGAAAGUUAAAUUUGGUGCAAAGUUAGAACAUGAAUACAUUCACAAUUUUAAGAUAUUGCAGGCUGCCUUCAAGAAAAUGGGAGUUGACAAAAUUAUCCCGGUUGACAAAUUGGUCAAGGGCAAAUUUCAAGACAAUUUUGAGUUUGUUCAGUGGUUUAAGAAGUUCUUUGAUGCCAACUAUGAUGGAAAAGACUACGACCCAGUGGAAGCACGACAGGGCCAGGACACCAUGCCUGCACCCAACCCUUCCAUGCCUGCCCUCAGCAAGCCCAAGAAGAUCAUGAAUGCAGCACCACAGAGAGCAGCUGUUGCCAAGGUAACACCCAAGAUGGCGGCGCCUGGCUCUGCGCGGAGACCUGGUGCUGGUGGUGAUGAUGAAAGGGCAGAGCUUAUUCAAGAGUUAAACAUCUUGAAGUCUACAAUCCAGGACAUGGAGAAGGAGCGGGACUUUUACUUUGGCAAACUGAGGAACAUUGAGCUGAUCUGUCAAGAGAAGGAGGGGGAGGGAGACCCCACCCUGCAGAGGAUUGUGGAUAUUCUCUAUGCCACAGACAAUUCCCAAGACGAAUAGAUGUAUUGCAGGUCCACGGAGGGGUUUGUCAUACCAGACGCUGAGUCAGAGGACCAGGAGGAGUUCUAAUGCUCGUGACUCGUUGCAGUUUUACCCUCUUCUCACCCUUUUCAUUCCCGUCCUCUCCACACAGUCACUACCCCGCCAUCCACACGUCAUAUUAUGCAUUUGGACCUUUCCGAACAAACUCCAUACUGAAUCAAUCCAUCUGCUAAAGCAUGCAUAGACACACUUCAUGUUGAACGAACUGUUUUAAUGCCCUCAGACCUCUGGCUGCCACGAUAGUCCUGUUUCUCUCCGAGGAAGAGUGUGUUGUUUCCUGUCUGUAAUAUACAAUCUCAUAUUCCUUUCCUCUUUCAGCAACUUCAGACACCUGCAAAUGUAUGUAUCUUGUUUUAAAUGUCGUCUCGGACACAUCCUCUGUAGUGAUUUAUAGGUGGCGUCUCCCCCCCCUUCCCUCACCGCUGUGGUACAUAUCUGUGAUCACGUUUAUUUAAUACCGACUGACACAAAACCGAGGGACGGAAUGACAAAAUGUGCGUAAAACCCUCUCGCUUCCUAGUUUCCACUCAUGGUUUUGGUGCUUGCUUUAGAGUAAGGCAGGUAGCAGUCACCACCGCUCCAGUCUACCCUCAGUGACUGUGCCUUAUACAGACUGUCUGGAGGGAGUGGACCCAGUCUGAUGUUUGUCUUUGCUUUGUUUUAUGGAUGUAGUGAAGCGUCGCUUUCGAGUCGGCGCGUGUACUAACACUCAGUCGUGCGCUUUGGCCUGCAGAACGCCGACGUACUGUGGCGCCACGGUUGCACGAGUUUAAAUGUUUUUAUUAUAAUUUUAUUGCUUUCGUUUUAAAGAAUUAUCCGUAUGAAGUUAGCAGCCACUACGUUGGUGGACUCGGCCAAAAUUUGAGUUGACAAGACAAACACUGCCCAUUUUCUACCUGUUUUUACUGCCUUAUAUUUAAUGCGUUUUUCUAUCCUUUCAUGCGCACUGUCUCUUCUGGCAAAUGUUUGUAAUUCAAGAUAUUAAAGUUUUAAAUUUAAGUUUUAUUGUUUCUUUUAAUUAUUUGUAGAAGCAGCCGCAGCAGAAUAUUGUUUGUUUUAGACCUAAAGCAAGAUGAGUUAUUUUAAAAUAUUGCACUCUUUCAAGACCAUUCCCCAAAUAACCAUGUCAAGCUAAUUCAAAAACACUAAAAAUAUCAUCUAAAGGAGCUUUUUAGAUGAAAGCUUUACUACUUGCUCAGUUCUGGAUUCGAUCUAUGUAGUUGCCUUUUAAGGCAAUGCUCGCUUUCUUCAUUUGUCGCUUUUAGGAGAUUCAAGAUGAUCACUGUGCCAACUCUGACUUCCUCUGCGUGUAGAUUCAUUGUUUUCAUGUGCACUGGUCAUUCUCAAUCGAUAUGAAUUUUCUGUGUAGUUCUCAAUGUUACGUUUGACAUCAAUAGCACAUGCAAAACCGGCAAUCAGAGUUGUUAUUGGUGCUAUCAACUACCUUGACCCUUAAGAACUUGCCUGCUUUUAGCUGGAUGUUUUGGUUCAUUGGGUUAGAAAUAUUGCUGCAGUUGGGUGAAUAUAACAGGAGACAAUAGGAAAACAAGUGACACUCACAUUUCUGGGCUUGCAUUGACAAAAAUCCCAUUGUAAUUUCACAUAAGCCGAACUGUUAAAUAUUGGCACAAGGUGGAUGCAAGUAAAAAUGUGGAAGGAAGUAGUUUGGAAGCAGGUAAUGUCUGUUAAAUGCAGUGAUUCACCCGUCCUCCUUUCCUUCCUUUCAAUGCUCUGUGGCCUUUAAGAACAAUCUGUAGCGAAGGUACUCAGUACAUUGUGGGCCCCGCACCACGACCAAACUGUCUCUCUCUCCCUGUUUUUUGUACUUGCAGGCUGUUAAGAGUUCCACAUUUUUAACUGAAGUCCAUUUCUUACAAUAAAACAGUAUUUACAUGUC